UGGAGAAGAUCGGGAUGUUGUCACUUCCGCCGGAGCCGCUCUCUGCAUCCGGGUCGGCUGCUGCCGCUGCCGCUGUGGCUGAGGGACUGGGCCUGGGUCUCACCGUCGGAGGGGAGCGGGCUCCGCUCGGGGCUACCUUCUGCGACCUGGCCGUCAGCCCUGCGUCGCCGGCCUGGAGGGGCGAAGAAGACGAGGAGGCCAAGGGUUCCUCCGGGAGAGUAAGAGUUGCUGUCAGAGAACAGUCUAUGAAGUGGUCCUUGAAGGACCUUGGCUCUCUGGAUUAUCAGGAGCUUGUAGUUGACAUUGAGUCCAGGCUGAGGAUGGAAGGUGUUGAACUUAAGGAAGAAUGGCAAGAUGAAGAUUUUCCAAUACCUUUACCGGAAGAUGAUAGUAUUGAAGCAGAUAUAGUAGCUGUAACUGGAUCAGAGAGUCAGCCUGGCUCACUAGAAGUUAAUGGCAAUAAAGUGAGAAAGAAACUAAUGGCUCCUGACAUUAGCCUAACCCUGGAUCCUAGUGAUGGCUCUGUGUUGUCAGAUGAUUUGGAUGAAAGUGGGGAGAUUGACUUAGAUGACUUAGAUACACCAUCGGAGGAUAGUAAUGAAUUUGAGUGGGAAGAUGAUCUUCCGAAACCCAAGACUACUGAAGUUAUUAGGAAAGGCUCAAUUACUGAAUAUACUGCAGCAGAGGAAAAAGAAGAUGGACGACGCUGGCGUAUGUUCAGAAUUGGUGAACAGGACCACAGGGUUGAUAUGAAAGCAAUUGAACCCUAUAAAAAAGUUAUUAGCCAUGGAGGAUAUUAUGGGGAUGGAUUAAAUGCCAUUGUUGUGUUUGCUGUCUGUUUUAUGCCUGAAAGUGGUCAACCUAACUAUAGAUACCUGAUGGACAAUCUCUUUAAGUACGUUAUUGGCACUUUGGAGCUGUUAGUAGCAGAAAACUACAUGAUCGUUUAUUUAAAUGGUGCAACAACUCGAAGAAAAAUGCCCAGUCUGGGAUGGCUCAGGAAAUGCUAUCAACAAAUUGAUAGAAGGUUACGGAAAAACCUAAAGUCUCUAAUCAUUGUACAUCCCUCUUGGUUUAUCAGAACACUUCUGGCUGUUACAAGACCAUUUAUUAGCUCAAAAUUCAGCCAAAAAAUUAGAUACGUCUUUAAUUUGGCAGAACUAGCGGAACUUGUCCCCAUGGAAUAUGUUGGAAUACCAGAAUGCAUAAAACAGUAUGAAGAAGAAAAGUUAAAAAAGAAACAGAAAAGAGUUGAUCAAGAGCUUAAUGGAAAACAAGAUGAACCGAAAAGUGAACAGUAAGUUUGGCAUCUAGUCCAAACACGACUGAAGAAUGUGCUGAUGAAGCAGUGCUUUUUUGCAUUUAUAAUGCAUUUAUUGGUCCUGAUUUUUAUGUAACCUGUUACAAAACUGACUUGACUUUUUCUUAAUGGACUUCUGUAUAAGGGACUGUUCACUGCUGUACUGGUUUGUAGAUCUCUUGAAUUUAGCUCUUUACUAGCUAAUUAUAUUGUAAUCAUUUUAUAUUUUAUAUUGCUAAAUAGCAGAGAACCACACUUUAUAUAAAGCAGUUUUUGCAUUUGUUUAUUAAAUGAUGCAUUUUCUUCAGUAAAAUAUUUAUAUGCCUAAAUGGAAAAGGAAAGAGAUAAUAUAUAUUUUUAUGUUUUUGAGCAAUAUUUUUUAAUGUAUACCUUUCUUAUGGAAGAAUAUGCAGGUAAAUAAGACCAUGAUUUUGUAAAAUGCAUGUUAAAAUUUUUGUUUUUGUAAAUGGUUAAAUACACUUCCUGGUCACUUAGAAAAUAUGCUCAUAAAGUGAGGGACAGUUAAACUGGUUCUCAUGAAUACCCAAAGGUCAUAUACAUAAUCUAAGUAGAUUAGUACCAUUCUGAGUUUUUUUCUCACUUAACAUUUAUUUCUUAAUUCAGACACAAAUACAAGUGUAUUGCACACUUUUUUUUUUUAAACAUAAAGACAAGUCAAAAAGCCAUUUUUAGAAUUAGAGAAUUUAAGAGGUUAAGAAUUGGGGUUUGUAUAUAUGUAUAUAUCAGACAUUUUAUCUUCUGGCCAAAAGUCAGAACUUCAUAAAAGUUUUAGGUUUGUUCACUAAUGUGAAAUAAGCUGUGUGUCCAGGGUAUCACUCUCCUGAAUUUGUGUGAGUGCAGUGUAAUAUUCAGAGAAUGUGAUGAGUUAUUCACUGUCACUACCUUUCUUUAGAAAACAGGGGCUGCUUUUUUAACUACUUUCAAUGUGGGCACUUUACCAAAAUGCUCUCAUAUCAGGUGUUUGACCCAGUCAGAUAAGGUGUGUUUUCCCAUUUUCUGUUGAAUUAUGUUGACAGUACUGUAAAUUAAGUUAUUUUGUAAGUCUUAGAGCAUCAUCAUAUUAUGGUGUUUUGCGUUUGGUGUAAGCAUAUAAACUCCUUGUUUAAUUUGGUAAGUACCUUGACUCUACAUUGAAAUUGUAUUUAUGCCCCAGAUAGAACUUAAUUACCCACAAAAUCAUUCAAAAACAACAGGUUGGUCUAAUACUGUGUCAUAUACUUGUGUGACUUAUACAUUUGGUAAACUUAGUACCUGCCUGAUUUAAGGGUCACACCACACUCCAGCCCUUCUUAUAAGGUAAUUUACAAAAGAGUAGUAAAAUUGAGGUGCAGGAGCUAAACCUCUAGGAUUUAUUCCAUCCUAGACUGGCUUUUAUCAUUGCUGUUUUUAGUGUAAAGUUUUCUAUUACAAAAGAGAAUUUCCUUUACUUUUUGUCCUCCUCAGUCGUAAACUUGACACAGUAACCCAAGUCCAAUUAUGGCAGAUGCUGGAGGAUUCCCAGGAUGAGACUUUCCUUAGCAGCCUCCUGACUUCACUUGGAUCCAGCUGCUGUAGGCAGAUCCUGAACUAAUGUCAUUAUAGUCAGUAAAUCUAAAACCAUUAUUGCUUGCUCAGAUCUUAGAAAUACUUUGGGUUCAAAAAGCAAACUAACAGUAACAGUUUAGGCAUUCCUUCUGAAUUUACGAAUAAAAGAUCAUAUUGAAUUUAAUUGUGAUUAGAGUCUAUAUUUGUAGAGUGCUUUAAGUGACCUUUCAUCAGUAAAAGUAGUCUUGCAUCUAUAAAUUUGUGUCUCAGUCAAACCUGGCUGAGCUUUUUAAAUAGGUGGCUUUCCUCCACAUUUAAGUACCCAGUUCUUCAAUUUCAACACGUUACUGUUUAUUGACUUUUGCAUUUGCAAGCAUUGUCCCUGAUUAUAGAUACAACUCGUUACAAAAGUGGUGCAUUUUCCUACAUAUUUUUUUAAAGUAGAGGUAGCCUAUAUUCUAUCAGAACGUUAAAAUUUAGAGGGAACAGUGAUAACAUUUGGGAUAUAACCAAAGGGAUGUGCUGUGAAUCACUAGAUUUAAAAGAAUACCUGUUCUAACCUAUACCUAGAUGAAAUCUGGUAUGGGGACAUGCCCCGUAAUGUUUCAUAGCUAUGAGACUUAAGAUCAUAACAAGUAGGUCAGAGGAAAAGCAUUUAUUAAACUGGUUAUUUGUAAUUACUAGCUAUGUGACAUUCUCCCCAUAUCAUUCAGUUUUGAUUUUCCAUUACUGAUUGAGGUGAAAGUACAUAUAAUUGUGUUAUUUUAUCUUUCUGCUGGGAUCAUGGUUCUAACUUGUUUAAUUUGAUGCUUAUGCCACUAUUUUUUGUUGUGUUUGGGUUCUGAGUGCCUCUUUUUAGUCCAAAGUUUCUCUUAUAAAGUAAACUGAUUGUGUUCUGCUUGGUCAUAUUCCUUAUUACCACCAAGGGAAGACACUAUAUUGAUCCCACAGUUUAAGCUUAAUAGUCUUUAACUGGGGGUGGGGGGAGUAUAAAGAAAUAUGAUUCCAAGUAGGGCCUAGCAGGACCUGGAAAGGAAGAUAACAAAACAAGGAAGUAAGAGAAAGAAAACUAUAAAGGGAUAAUGAGUUAGCUAAGAUUCCACUGAAUGUGUCCUUGUUAAGGGAAGUGCUGUAUAUGGCAGCGGUUGGUACCAUUUUUGUAUCAAUCAGGAAAACCUGCAGGCUACAUACAGAAUAUGUGAAUAAGACUGGAGUGAAGGGGGCAAAGGCUGGUAAUACUUACAGUGAAAAUUCAUAUUUUCCUCUGCUUUGUCUCUUCAUACAAAAGCAGGUUUUAAACAGGGAGGGUCAGCAAUUACAAUGCUCAGAUUAAAGUGUAGGGUUACGUUACUUUUGACAUUCAUAGCUGGUAAACAUUUAAUGUAUUGUUCCAAAAUGGACAUCACUCUUUAGUAACUAUACUGAAUACUGAAAUUUGCUGAUUGACAGGUAUAUAUAGGUUGCUAGACUUUCUUCAACUGCAAUUCCAGAAUUUAAAAAGGUAAGGAAUCUGCUUUUUUUUUUUUUUUUUUUUGCGGUAUGCGGGCCUCUCACUGUUGUGGCCUCCCCCGUUGCGGAGCACAGGCUCCGGACGCGCAGGCUCAGCGGCCAUGGCUCACGGGCCCAGCCGCUCCGCGGCAUAUGGGAUCCUCCCAGACCGGGGCACGAACCCGUAUCCCCUGCAUCGGCAGGCGGACUCUCAACCACUUGCGCCACCAGGGAGGCCCGGAAUCUGCUUUUUUGAUAGUCUUCUUUUAAAUGACUGUGUUACUCUGGCUGUUUUUAUGUGAUUGCUCAGGGAAUUUGAAAGUGUUUGAAUUAAAGGAGAAGGGGCUUCUUAGAUUUCUUCAAUUGAUAGUUAAAAAUUAGCAUUAGGAUAUGUCCAGUUUCCUAAUGAGAUUGGUAAAGUUGUGUAUAAGGUGACAGUAGCUUCAUCCUUUUGCCCGUGUGAUAUGUGAUAUGUGGAAAAUUGCUAACAUUGCUCCUACAGGAGGAGGAGGAGAUAGACUGAAAAUAGGUAGAUAUGGCUACCACAUUCUGUUUUGUUUUCAUGCCUUUUUUUUCUCAUCCUGUAUAGCUAUUUGAGAAGUGGAUCACAAAUGUCAGAAGGGUGGGAUAGCUAGAGGAAUUAAUGUACUUAAAAGUUAGACCAACUAUUCUGUUAGAGUUUAUCUUGUAGGAACAGGGAUUGUGUAAUUUGAGUUGCUGGGAGAAAGAGUUAAGGACUUAGACUUGCAUGAGAAGGUCAGCUGGUAAGAGAAGUGGGAGAUUCUCAAUGUUCUAAUAGUAAGGAAGAAUUACCUGGAGAGCCUUUCAUCCCCCUCUUCCCAUCCCAAGAUCCUGAAUGAAUUAGAAUUAAUAUCAGUGGUGAGUCCCAGUAAUGUAAUCCUUUAAAAUUCUCAAUGGUAAUUGAAAAUAAUGUGUUGACCAGCAAGGAGUGACACUAAAAUUUGAACAGAACUGUUACUUUGUUGCAGCUAUAUAUGAUAGAUCUACUUAAUUUCUUAUGUUUUGAGAGCUACUUUUAUGAAAAGUUUACAUGAAGCACUUAAUAUAACACAUCAAACACCAGAAGAAAAUCAAAGUUUAAUGCUUUCAUGUUACUAAAGAAUUAUUAUAAUAUCUCUCUAAUUCUAUUUUAUAAGACAUUCUACAAGAGGUUAAAACAUUUGCAUUUUGAAAUUUUUAUGCGUUUUCACAUUCAGUGUGGCUAAGGAGGAACUUGGAAAAUAAUGUUAAUUAGCUACUCUACUGCACUUUUUGUAUUUGAAUUUUCUGAAAUUAUGCCCCUUAAACAGUUUAUUUACAUAAAAUAGCUAGUAAAUAUUUGUGGUGUUCAGGGCACUGACUUGCACAGCCCUUGGGGCACAUGGAACACAAUUCAGAGUUCGCUAGACACUAAUGCACUUUGAUAUAUAUUUCAAAGAUUAAUACAUUUUUCUUACCAUAAAUUCGCAUGCUGUCAUUUAGACACAAUUAAUGUACUGUGAUCAUUUACCACUGUUCAGAUAAUGUUGCAUAGCCUAGUGCUCUCCUUUUACAGUGAGAGAAAUUCAGUUCUGAAGACUGUGUGUGCAAGAUGUUGUGGUCCCUGUAAGAAAUACUAAGGUUGGUCUUGAUUUACUAAGAAGAUGUAAUAUUUUCUUUUUCUCUGACUUGUUAGGAAUACAAUAACUUGUGUCCUGAUUUGUUGCACAUCGUAUUUUUGCAACGUUAAUGAAUUUAAAUAAAUUAAUUGUAAAGUUUUG